CGUUCGUAACAGCUUCCGGUAUUUUCACGUGGGCGCCAAAUAGUCAGGAUUGACGUGAAUAAGGAUUCAUCCCGGACAAGUGUCACGAUGACGUCAUCAUCAGGAAACACUUUAGAUGAUGAGGACACUCUCAAGAUCCUCAUCGCCACCGACAUCCACCUGGGCUACCUGGAAAAGGAUGCCAUCAGAGGCAAUGACACCUAUGUGACAUUUGAUGAAAUCCUCAAACAUGCCAAGCAGAAUGAUGUGGAUUUUAUCCUGUUGGGGGGCGACCUGUUCCACGACAACAAGCCAUCCCGCAAGAGCUUACACAACUGCAUUGAGCUGCUCAGGAAGUAUUGCAUGGGCGACAAACCCAUCACCUUUGAGAUCCUGAGUGACCAGGCUGUCAACUUCAGUACCAGCAAGUUCCCUUGGGUAAACUAUCAGGAUGAGAACUUGAACAUUUCCAUCCCCGUGUUCAGUGUGCACGGUAACCACGACGACCCCACAGGGGCGGACGGGCUGUGCGCUCUGGACGUGCUGAGCUGCGCCGGGCUGGUUAACCACUUCGGCCGCAGCCGCUCCGUGGAGAAGGUGGAGGUGAGCCCCGUGUUGCUGCAGAAGGGCAGCACAAGGAUCGCAAUGUACGGCAUCGGGUCCAUACCUGACGAGAGGCUCUACCGGAUGUUCUUGAACAACCAGGUGACCAUGCUACGGCCGCGGGAGGAUGAAAGCAGCUGGUUCAACCUGUUGGUUGUCCACCAAAACAGGAGCAAACACGGGGCUACAAACUACAUCCCGGAGCAAUUUCUGGAUGACUUCUUGGACCUGGUCGUGUGGGGCCAUGAGCACGAGUGUCGGAUCGACCCCGAGCGCAACGAGCAGCGACUCUUCUACAUCACGCAGCCUGGAAGCUCGGUGGUAACGUCACUGUCGCCAGGAGAGGCCGUCAAAAAACACAUCGGCCUGUUGCGGGUGAAGGGCCGCAAGAUGAACCUGGAGAAGAUUCCCCUGCAGACUGUGCGGCAGUUCUUCAUCCAGGACGUGGUGCUGCGCGACCACUUGAACCUCUUCAACCCCGACCACCCGAAGGUCACGCAGAAGAUUGAGGCCUUCUGCCAAGAGAAGGUGGAGGAGAUGCUGGACGAAGCGGAGAGGGACCGUCUAGGAAACCCCCAGAUGCCAGAGAAGCCGCUCAUCCGGCUAAGACACAGCUGCGGCCCCCCUCUCCUCCACCAGGUAGACUACACAGGUGGGUUCGAGGCCUUCAACGUCAUGCGCUUCAACCAGAAGUUCGUCGACCGCCUGGCCAACCCCAAAGACGUGGUCCACUUCGUCAGGCACCGAGAAUGCAAAGACGCCAAAGACGAGGAAAACAUAAACUUCGAUGAGCUGCUGAGCCGCGCCUCUGCAGAGGUGAUGCAGCUGAGGGUGGAGGACUUGGUGAAGCAGUACUUUGCGACGGCAGAGAAGAACAUGCAGCUGUCGCUGCUGACCGAACAGGGCAUGGGGAAGGCAGUGCAGGAGUUUGUGGACAAGGAGGAGAGGGAUGCCAUUGAGGAGCUCAUCAACUACCAGCUGGAGAAGACGCAGCAUCACCUGAAGGAGCGAAGGGUUGAGGCGGUCGAGGAGAAGAUUGAUGAGGAGAUCCGCCGCUUCCGGGAUUCCAAGAUGAACACAGUGGAAGAGGAUGAGGAAGUGAAGGAGGCCAUCAGUCGAGCCAAGGCCCAUCGCACCCAGGAAGACAGGGACUCUGUCGCAGGUGAUCUUGACAUUUCGGAGGAAGCAGAUGUAGCCAUGGACUCAGAUGAUGGCUUUCCAGCCCCGCCUCCCGCCCGCGGUAGAGGGAGGGGCAGGGCUUCGUCAGCCAGAGGAGCAUCUUCCAGAGGAGCAUCCAGGCGGGGCAGGGGCGCCGGCAUCCCAUCAGAGCCAAGGCCCGCGGGGAGAGGACGUGCCCAGAAAACUGCUCUCGCCAGCCCCACAAAGAACCGGUCUAUCAUGGACGCUUUCCAGGCAGUUUCUCAGAGGCCAUCAAGAGGCACGGCACCGAAAAGCUACACAGAGCAGAUUGACAUCGAUGACGACUCCGACGAGGACGUGUCCUUCGCGAAGCCCUCCAGACCAACUCAAAGGACGUCAGCGAUGGCCUCCACCUCAAGAAGUUCUCAAAGCCAGAGCCAGUCGUAUAAAGGGGUUUUCUUCGAAGACGACGACGAGGAUGAGCCUGACCCCUUUAAAAGCUCCACCAGCUCCAGCAGAAGAGGUCAAAGAUGAAACUGCAAGACAACAUGUUGUUUCACUCUUUGUGUUCAGUUUGCGUUCGUUUCUUAUCCCCAGUCCUGUGUUGUGUAAACAUAGCCAGUUACCCUCACUCCACUUUCGGAACUGCACGCCUUUGAUGCUUUACGUCUGUGCACUUUUCGGUUUGUAUUACAUUUUACCUGCCAUUACCAUGCCUUGUUUCACAGAUCAAAGGCAAAACCUUCAACUCUCAUGUGAAAUAAGAACCGAUUUCCAUAAAGUAGCGGCACGUCAUUUAAAGGUUCGAAAGCACCGAGAGCAAACUGCUUUUCCCUCGUCUCGGAGAUUCUGCUGUCUGUUUGCGUCCUGCUGCGUCGUGCAAGGUUCACUGGACAGCGCUCCAGAGUCCCUGAUCCACUGCGCAGCCACCACGGAUGAUCCAGCGUGGACUGAUAAUGGGAAAUGCGGUACUUUGGCGGGGAUUUGGAUUACCGUGCAUAAUUAAAAUUUCAGUACUGUUGAGCGUGAGGUUCUGUUUGUUCUAAUUGGGGGGUUUAGUCAUUAGGGAUUCUUCAACGAUGGGAUUUUUCUCUCAUGCCCUGGAAAUGAACAGGACGUGUGUAAGAGUGUUUGCGUCAGCGCUGUGCGCACAGGGCUCCGUGGCUCUUCAGCACAUUACUUCCA